CGGGGAGAUCAAUAAGGCAUGUGGGAGGAUAUGGAAUAGGUGCAAAAUAUGGUUUAUAUAGCCUUGCAAAAUAUGUACACAGAAGUGGUGUGGGGGCGUGUUAAUAGCAUUGAUAUUGCCCAAUUUUACGGACCAUCUAAUUGUGGCCCAAUGUAGAUAUGAAAUAAGCCAUCACAGGAUAUGAACCCAAGCUCUUGCCACAUGUUGGCUGGCUCAGAGGGUGAAUGCUCCACCAUGGACUACUGAAGCAGACUCAAGUGGAGGCAGAGAGCUACCCUCUGGCUGCGGCUACUGGCUCACUGUCACCAGGGGGUGACGGUGGUGCAGCAUGUCCAUGCUCUACCAGACUUAUGAUGAGAACCACGACGAUGAUGUCGUGUUCGAUGAUGUCUACGAGCUCUGUGAAGUAAUUGGAAAGGGUCCGUUCAGCGUGGUGCAGCGAUGUAUCCACCGGCCGACCGGACAACAGUUCGCCGUGAAGAUCGUCGAUGUGGCCAAAUUCACCGCCAGUCCCGGCCUGGGCACCGAAGACCUCAAACGAGAGGCCACCAUAUGCCACAUGCUGAAACACCCUCACAUCGUGGAGCUGCUGGAGACUUAUUCAUCAGAAGGCAUGCUCUACAUGGUGUUCGAAUACAUGGACGGCGCCGACCUGUGCUUUGAGAUCGUCAAACGGGCCAACCUGGGCUUCGUCUACAGUGAGGCAGUCGCCAGCCACUACAUGCGGCAAAUUCUGGAGGCGUUGCGGCACUGUCACGACAACAACAUCGUCCACCGCGACAUCAAGCCGCACUGCGUGCUGCUGGCCACUAAAGAGAACUCGGCGCCGGUCAAGAUCGGAGGGUUCGGCGUGGCUGUCCAGCUGCAAGACAACCAGCUCAUCAACGGGGGCCGUAUCGGCACGCCCCAGUUCAUGGCGCCAGAGGUGAUCCAGCGACAGGCGUACGGCAAACCGGUGGACGCCUGGUCGGCCGGCGUCAUGCUGCACAUCCUGCUGUCGGGCAUGCUGCCGUUCUACGGCACCGGCGACCGGCUCUACGACAACAUCUGCAGCGGCAAGCUGAACCUGUAUUCGGGACCGAUGCGAGAUGUCAGUGAGCCUGCCCGGGACCUGGUGAGGCGGCUGCUCACGUGCGACCCUCAGCAGCGCGCCACCGUGGCGCAGGCGCUCAACCACGCGUGGAUCAAGGACCGGGAGAGCUGUCCGUCCACGGAGCACCUGAGCCGCACCGUGGACGAGAUGCGCUGCUUCAACGCGCGCCGCAAGCUCAAGGGCGCCGUGCUGGCGGCCGUCAGCUCGUCGCGCUGGGCGCCCACACAGACGGACACGGGCUACGAUGGCCUGGCCGAGUCGGCAGAGGAGGAGGCCGCCACCGCAGCGGUGUCUCGGAUACUGGACUCCUUGGACGACAUCCAGUGUCUGCACGGCUGUCCCAUGGGCGACGCGACUCUGCUGCGACCCAUUCUGGAGGACCGGCCACUGCACUCCCUGCUCGAGCUGUACGACCGGGUGACGUCCCGUCAGCUGGGCUCGGCGCCGGCGCCCACCAGCGAGGCGGUGGCCCGCUGGCGGGACGCGCUGGAUGUGCUCCGCGACUCGGAGCACACUGCCGACCUGGCCGACAUACUCGAGCUCAAGGAGAUCCUCUGUCGGCCGCACAUGAAGGCGUUGCUGCAGGCGCAUGACGUGGUGGCGCAAGAGGUGUACAGUGAUGAGGCCGUGCGCGUCACGCCGCCGCCAGUGCUGCCCUAUCUGAACGGCGGCGACGGACUGCCGCCCGCCAACGGACACGUCGACCCGGACACAGUGACGCGUGUGAGACUCGUGCAGUUCCAGAAAAACACCGACGAGCCCAUGGGGAUCACGCUGAAGAUGAGCGAUGACGGCCGCUGCCUGGUGGCGCGCAUCAUGCACGGCGGCAUGAUCCACCGGCAGGCCACGCUGCACGUCGGCGACGAGAUCAGGGAGAUCAACGGCGUGCCCGUGGCCAACCAGAACGUCGACGUCCUCCAGAAGAUCCUGCGGGACUCGCGCGGCUCAGUCACCUUUAAGAUCGUGCCGUCGUACCGGUCGGCGCCGCCAGCCUGCGAGAUGUUUAGGAAAAGUCCGGCCCCGGUGAUAGUCUCUGCCCAGAUAUACGUCCGGGCGCAGUUCGACUACGACCCUAUGCAAGAUGAGCUCAUUCCGUGCGCCCAGGCCGGCGUGCCGUUCAAGACGGGGGACGUUCUGCAGAUCAUCAGCAAGGACGACCACCAGUGGUGGCAGGCCCGGCGGGAGGGCUCGGCGUCGCCGGCCGGACUGAUCCCCUCCCCCGAACUGCAGGAGUACCGCUCCGCGUGCUCCGCCAUGGACAAGUCCAAGCGCGAACAAGUUAACUGCUCAAUUUUUGGAAAGAAAAAGAAACAAUUUAAAGACAAGUACCUGGCAAAGCACAACGCAAUCUUCGAUCAACUUGAUCUUGUCACGUACGAGGAGGUGGUGCGUCUGAGCUCGUUCCGGCGGAAAACACUAGUGCUUCUUGGGGCGCACGGUGUCGGCCGGCGGCACAUAAAGAACACGCUCAUCUCGUCUCACCCCGACAUGUACGCCUACCCGAUACCACACACCACCCGUGCACCGAGGAAAGACGAGGAAAACGGGAAACACUACUUCUUCGUGUCGCACGACGAAAUGAUGGCUGAUAUCGCCGCCAACGAAUACCUGGAAUACGGCACCCACGAGGACGCCAUGUACGGCACCAAGCUGGAGACGAUCCGGCGGAUCCACAUGGAGGGCAAGAUGGCCAUCCUGGACGUGGAACCGCAGGCGCUCAAAGUGCUGCGCACCGCCGAGUACGCGCCCUACGUGGUCUUCAUCGCCGCGCCCAGCCUGCAAAUUAUGACGGACUUUGACGGUAGUCUGGAGCGACUCACCAAAGAGUCGGACCUCCUGAAGAACGCCUACGGCCACUUCUUCGACCUCACCAUUGUCAACAACGACAUUGAGGAGACGAUUCAGAUUCUGGAGGACGAUAUCAACAACCUAGGCAAUAAGCCGCAGUGGGUGCCCGUCUCGUGGGUUUACUGACAAUCACCGACACUGGAGCUGGCCCGGUCUGCACCCGGCCACAAGGCCGGCUCUCUGCGCAACCUUCUGCCCGGCGGCAAGGGCUCCAGGAAGGUGCAACAGAAUUUCAAAACGAAAAUGUAACGGCAGUACGGCCAGCAUAUCGGACGAAGGAGACAAGUUCAGUGCCAAUCGGUGGACGAGCGGCGCCGGGCCGGGCCGGGCCGGCCGCACCCACGCGCGUCACUGCUGUAUGCUGGAGCGAACAUGUGAUAUUGUUAGGUCGGUGUGUGCGCGGGCAGUCACUCAUUAUCCUUUGGGUGUCGCUCUUCACUCGAUGUGUGCUAGACAAGGUUAGCGCAUUGCAUUUGAUGGCGUAGAGGGUGUAGAAUUUUUAAAGUUCUUUUCAUCUUAAGCUGUCUGCAAAUAACCUCAUGAGAUGAUUCGUUCUCAUCUUUGGCGGGGCGGCCCAAAGAGGGAGCGCACGAUCCCGCUUCUAGCCAUUUAGCGAGUCGCCGCGCGGCGGGCGCGUUGUGUCGGCCCAAUCUGGGCCCGAUGGAUGUAGUGUGGCCACUGCAGGCGGCACGGAGGGCAGCCGGCCGGCGCCCGGGGCCGCAGGGCGAUUGCGCCAAGCUCAUGUUCCCGUUUUUACCUCCCAACUUUGGUAACUGAUUUGUAUUGUAUCGAGACUGGUAUCUUUCCGAUGUUGUAGCUGAUUUUUGGCUGCUACGUUCGUAGGUCGGGCCAUCUUUGUGUGUUUGUUAGAUGACCUUGUACAAAAAGCUUUGGUAGUUUGGGGGAGGGGGGGGGGGGGGUAUUGCGAGACGUAUUCGAGUGGGUUUUGUUUCUAAUAGCGGCCAAUAAUAUACACGGAUUGCUGGUAA